AUGACCGGCGCACUCUCCAAGCUCUUCAUCUUACGCCCAGUGCAUCUCAGCAAAUGCCAACACAAGCUGACCUUCGAUGACCAUGCAUCUCUGCCGCACCUGUUCAUCUUCAUCUGGUCCUUCGUUGGCAUCCCCGCAUCGAAGAGUUCAUUUCUAUGUCAGCGUACGAGGCUGCCCGAUGCGGGUCGUCAGACACACCGUGUUGAUGUCGGUCUCCUCGCUAUUGCGCUGUCGUGCAAGCGCGUGCAUACAAUCCGCUCCCCGUGGUCCUUUGGGUACCACAUUGCCAGUGGCAAGGUGCGCCCACUGACGCCUCGUACUCCAGCCUCAUCGCCUUUAUCAACAUUCGAAGCGACAGGCUGA